CAGCCGCGUACCGUUAACACAUCCCGUAAAACAUCCGGUGAUACAUCAACUGAAACACCCGCUCAAACAGACGUUGAAGAAGACAACUGCACUAUACGCUGAAACAGGGCUUGAAACUUCCGCUGAAACAGUCGUUUAUUCAUCCGCCGAAACAGCCGUUACUGUGCCGGGUUGUAGGGAGGCGGAAGCUCGCCAAGCGUCGCCAUGUCGGGUCUGGACUGGAAAAGCUUCAACGAGGACCUGGACGCGUACAAGCGGCGGCACCUCAAGGCCGAAAUCGACUUCAAACUCAUUUUGGAGAGGAGGGCGGCGGCGCAGAGCAGGUUGAAGGCAAAGGCUAUGAAGGUUGAAGUCACCAAAAACGAAGAAACAAAGAGCGAUGCCACGAAGGCCGAUGCCGCGAAGGUUGCUGCCGCGAAAGCUGAUGCCGCGAAGGCCGGUGCCACGAAGGUUGCUGAAGCGAAGGUUGAUUCCACGAAGGUCGAUGCUGCGAAGGCCGUUGCCACGGAAGCCGAUGCCACGACGGCUCUGAAUGUGAAGCCUAAGCCCCUCCGUCGGCAGCACCCCAGACACCCCCUGCGCAAGUUCUACCUCAGCAAGAAGGAGCAGCGUCUGCUGGCUAAGCGUCGCGAUCUCCAGCAUGCCCGUCUGCAGGCACGUCGCCUGCGACAUCGACAGGCGCGUCGCCAGCGUCGUCUGGAGUACCUCAAGACCCAUCCUGAGGAGGCGGCCGCCCUUGGCUCGGCCAUGCAGGCGAGGUCGAGGCGAGGAACCAAGGGCGCCAAGGCGGAGUUGAGCGAAGAGGAGAAGGCGAAACAGGAGAAGGCAGCUCAGGAGAAGGCUCAGGCGAAGGCCGCCAAGGAUGCGGCGAAGAAAGCUAAGGAUGCAGCUGAGCAGGCGGCGAAGCAAGAGGCGCUGACGGCGAAGCAGGCGGCGUUAGCGGCCAAGCAGGAGGCGGCGGCCGCCAAGAAAGAAGCAGCGGCGGCCAGGAAAGAGGCCAGGAAGAAGGAUAAGGGAGAGGACGAGAAGGCACUGAAACCAGAGAAGAAAGAACCCGUGCAGACGGAAAAACAAUCAAAGAUAGCAGAGGCGCCUAAAGAUGAGAAGAAUCUAGAGGCGCCUAAAGAUGAGAAGAAACCAGAGGCACCUAAAGAAGAGAAGAAACCAGAGGCUCCUAAAGAAGAGAAGAAACCAGAGGCUCCUAAGGAAGAGAAGAAACCAGAGGCUCCUAAAGAAGAGAAGAAACCAGAGGCUCCUAAGGAAGAGAAGAAACCAGAGGCGCCUAAAGAAGAGAAGAAACCAGAGGCGCCUAAAGAAGAGAAGAAACCGGAGGCGCCUAAAGAAGAGAAGAAAGCAGAGGCGCCUAAAGAAGAGAAGAAAGCAGAGGCUCCUAAAGAAGAGAAGAAACUAGAGGCGCCUAAAGAAGAGAAGAAACCAGAGGCGCCUAAAGAAGAAAAGAAACCAGAACCUCCUAAGCAAGAAGAAAAGAAACCAGAAUCUCCUAAGCAAGAAAAGAAACCAGAACCUCCUAAGCUGGAAGAAAAGAAACCAAAACCUCCUAAGCAAGAGAAGAAACCUGAACCUAAGCAGGAGAAGAAACAAGAACCUCCUGAGCAGGAGAAGAAACAAGAACCUCCUAAGCUGGAUGAAAAGAAACCAGAACCUCCUAAGCAGGAGAGGAAACCUGAUUCUCCUAAGCAGGAGAAGAAACAAGAACCUCCUAAGCAGGAGAAUAAAGUAGAACCCCCUAAACAGGUAGAGAAACCAGAACACCCAAUCCAGGAGCCGAAACCAGAAGCUCCUAAACAUGAAAAUAAAUACGAGUCUGAGAAAACCCCCAAGAAACAGCAGAGCAAAGAAGAUAAAAGGAACCAACAACAACAUAAGCAGAAAGGGUCUGUUGGUCAGGCUGAUGCGAAGUCAGCCGAAGUCAAGGAUACUCCCGCGUCCAAAGAUCCCGUUGGUCAGUUAGGUACCGGAACCGUUGAGGCCCCCAAGCCUCAGCAGAAGGGCGCUGAUGUCAGGCAGCAACAGGGACAAGGGAGGAAAAGAGGAGGCAAAGGAAGUGCGAAAAAUUCUGAGAGCGAGAGUGAAGCGCAAGUGAAACCUGGACAAGUUGGUGGCAUGCCUCAAGCCCAUGAUAAAAAAACACCCCAGCCUUCCGAGAAACCGGAUCUUCAGGCAGAAAAGCGGAAUGGUGGUCGUCGAAGUCAAAAAAGUUCUGAAUCUGAACUAGCAAGAGUCCUCGAGCAAGGAGUACCAGCUGAAAAAACUCAACAACCCCCAAAGGACGCGUUGGAUCAAGGAGUACCAGCUGUCAAGAGUCAGCCACCUCAACCCACUAAGAAAGAUACUGAGGCACAGAGGAGCCAGAAAAAUUCCGAAUCAGAGCAACAGGGAGCUCCGACAAAGCCUCAAGGUCCGCCACGUAUCCCGCAAACCCAGGGCAAAAAGAAAGAUUCCGGAGGCCGCCGAAGUCAUCAGAGUUCCGAAUCGGAGUCUGCAAAUGCUGCCGGGUUGUUCAGACCUGGCGGAGGCCGACGCAGUCAGAAAAGUUCUGAGUCAGAGGGAGGACCUGGAAAACCUGCGCAAGUACAACCGCAAAUUGGCCAAGGCAGGAAGAAGGACUCAGGAGGAAGUCGCAGUAAGCAUGGUUCCGAGUCAGAGCCCCUGCAUCAUGUGAAUCCAAUGACCCCUCCGCUGCAAGCCUUUGCUGGUGUGCCAACAGCUUCGCCACCUCAGCUGCAACAACCGGUUAUGCAGCCGCCUUUUCCUGCUUCUCAAACGCCUCAGCAACAACAACCACUGCAGCAGCCUCAGUUUCCAAUAGCCCAACCACCUCAACAACCGCCCGUUCCAGCAGCAAUGCUUGCGUCGCAGCAACAACCGGUGUCUCCCAUAUCCGGCGGCAUGCAGGGAUUCAUUAGUGAUAUCGCCCCAGGAGCUGGUGCUUCUCUUGGGGAGAUGUUCAAACCGAUGGGGCAGUUCUCGCAUAUCCAGGCACAAUUUGGACCUGGCGUUUCACUUCAACAAGGGAAACCCCCGCAACUCGUUUCACCAGUCACUGGUUUCUCGGAUUCCUUCUCAGGGUUUGUACCACCUUCAUUUGGUGGCUCACUUCAGGGACCCUCGUUGGGGCUUAACCCUAAUCAACCUGGAUUCUUUCCCCAAGUGCCUCCGCCACUGGGCCAGAUGAAGACAUCCCCGCAGCUUCCAAUGGGAGGAAUUCAAGGUCCCCAGCAAGGACCAGCUCCCAAUCAAGGCAUGUUUCAAGGUGGUCCAACCGGGCCCAUGCAUCAGCAAGGAGGUCCACAAUAAGGGUGAACUCUUGCAGGAAAAAAACGAUCAUGCCUCCUAAAUAGGUCAUCGAGGCCUGAGCGUGGCAAGCAACAUUUGAGUUCUGCGUUUUUUGUAUGAGGCACGAGUUUGUAGCGAAGUAUUCUCUUGUAACGAAGAAAAUAAAUAACUGCAGUAAAGCAUAAAAAAUGCA